AUGGUGUUAAUCUCGGCAAGUGUUGUAUCGAAGUCUGGAAAAGCACUCGUCACCCGAGUCUUCGUCUCGGAUAUGACACGAGCACGCAUGGAGGGCUUGCUUGAUGCCUUUCCAAAACUCAUAGGCAACGAUCAGCAAGGCAGGAACGCCCAAUAUAUUUCAGCGCAACGGCAGCACACAUUCAUCGAAACUGACAGCGUACGGUAUGUCUAUCACCCUUUGGAUAACCUCUACAUGGUGCUCAUCACAACGAAAACGUCAAAUAUCUUGGAAGAUCUCGAGACGCUGAGACUCUUUUCACGUGUGAUUCCUGAGUAUUGUCGAUCGAACGAUGAAAAGGAGAUUCUUGCCCACGACUUCGAUUUGAUUUUCGCUUUCGAUGAGGUUGUUACCCUCGGCUAUAGGGAAAGCGUAAAUUUGGCGCAAAUUCGUACGUUCACCGAGAUGGACUCACAUGAAGAACGAGUCUUCCUUCAAAUCAAAGAGGCUCAAGAACGUGCUGCGAAACAAGCGAUGGCUGAGAAGGCGAAGGAGUUCAAACGAAUGCAGAAGGAAGCUCUUAGCAAGGGUCUCAAACCAUCCGGUAUGAACUUCACCUCGUCAGCUACCGGCAUUUCGUCGUCGUCGACACCAUUGACAGCUGUGCAAGAGCCCGUUGCUCCCAGACAAGCUGCUGCUUCGUCAAGAGCUGGUGGAGGAAAGGCUUUGAAACUUGGAGCGAAGACUCGAGAUGAAGAUGUUUUCCUACAACAACUUCGACAAGAGGGACAAGCUAUCGCACCAGUCGAAAAAGCAUCGCGCGAGCAUGGAGGGGUGUCAUCAGUUGCUGCUCCUGUAUCUAAUGUGAAACGUGAGGCUGUGCAUGUUCGCACCGAAGAGAAGAUGGUUGCCACAGUGAGCAGGGAUGGAGGUUUGCAAGGAGUGGAGGUUCUUGGAGUGGUUUCCUUAUCUGUCUCUUCGCCCGAGUUCAACACAGUUGCUGUUCAAAUGCAUAACAAAGCACCAGCUGGAGCACAGUUACAGGUGCAUCCCAACCUUGACAAAAAAGAGUGGCAGGCUUCUCACAUGCUGAAGUUGAAAUCAGCUGGUAAACCGUUCCCAGUGAAUAAUGACGUUGGCGUUCUUAAAUGGAAAAUGGUACUCACCGAAGAGGAACAACUUCCCAUUGCAUUGAACUGCUGGCCUCAAGAAUCUGCUGAUGGCUGUCAAGUAAACAUCGAGUACACAUUACAAAGAGAGGAUCUUUCUUUGGAAAAUGUAGUCAUCACAGUACCCUUACCUGCUGCCACUGUUCCUGUUGUGUCCGAUUGCGAAGGUUCUUACGAUUAUCAAAAAAGUCGUAAUCAGAUUGUAUGGACUAUGCCAGUAAUUGACAGCACUAAUUCGACUGGAACAUUGGAGUUCACUGUACCAAAUGGUCAUGCAGAUCACUUCUUCCCAGUCCAUGUCCGCUUCCAUACCGAAAAAUUGUACUGUGACAUCGGGGUGGACGCAGUUCAAACUAUGGACGGAAACUCAGCGGUACCGUUCUCUGUUGAAACCCGUUUCAUUACUGAAAAGUACGAGGUAGUAUGA